CCGGUGAAAGAUUGUUUUCAUUCGAUACCGAGCAUGAGCUAUGUGCGACGUUCUCUUUCGUUGGUGUAUCUGAGCUGAGGAGCAUCUUUUCGCAUUCCUACAAUACUUGAAUACCGUGCGGAUUAUGGAAAUUAUGGUAACUAAGAGAUAGAAGGAAAUUCAACCACCAUGUCAUAGUUUCUCGUGUUGGAGAACUUUUCGUUUCGCACUGCUCCUCCGCCUCAGCGGCUUUCAGCGUCGACCUCCCUCCCAGCUUGGGCUUGUGAGAAUUGACGAGUGGGCCUGUGAAAAGACCCGAAGAAGCCUGUAUCAUGUCGUCUCAAAGCUCAAGAAGUCCCAAGGAAUUGCGCCAGAUGGUCUACGACAGUUCAAAGGACAUGGAUGAAAUGCAAGAGAAUCUCAGCAAGCUGAGGGCUCUUAGUGAAGAUGAUAAGACUGAGAAUGCUAAAUUACGUUCUCGAAUAGAUGAGCAAUGUCAACUCAUCAUGAUACUGAAAAAGAAAGCUGAUGAGGGUACUAUGAAAAUUCAGACUCUUGAAAGGAUAAACAAAGAGCUAUUGGACUUCAGAGACCAGGCUGAUUCAAUGCUGAAAACAGAAAUUAAAAAGUACAAUAUUCUUGAUGGAAGAUUCAACAAUCUAGCUUCAAACCAUGAGGAAAUGAUACGCAUUAAAGAUGAUUACAAACGUGUGAAUCAGGAUCUCCGAGAAGAAAAUGCUAGACUGAAAGAUGAGAAUGGGAAACUGUUUUCAAAGACAGUAAUAGAGAAGGACCAUCAAAUUCAAGAGUUGGAUAAAAAAUGUGCUGGUCUCCAUGAACAGUGCUCUGCCUUGGAACAAAAACUGAGGCAACAGCAAGUUGAGUGGCGAGGUAAAGAAGAUGCUUUGAGAAAACAGAUCUCAGAGAUGCACAGCUCUAAUACUCAACAAGCAAGAGAUCUACUCAAACGCCUUCAGGAUACUGAAGAAAAAUUGAAAGGAACUGAGCACAAACUACAGGUGCAACUUGAGAGUAAACAAAAAUUGGAAGGCGAGUCCAGCGAAAAGUUUCAGCAGUUGCAGAAGGAAAAGGCAGAAUUAUUGUCACUUGUGAUGCAGAGGGGAAAGCUAGUUCAAAAAGAACAGGAGAACAACAAGGAUCUUCAGAAAAAGAUUGCCGAAAUGGAGAAAGCUGUUCAUAAUAUGGAAAAUAAGUUUGAACGGGAAGCAGAUGCAGUGAAUUCAAACUUACGAGUCAGAAAAUUAACUGAUGCGUUGGAGGAUUCUGAUUCCAAGUAUUCACAGAUGGUUAAGGAAUUUGAGGCUUUCAAGAAGCACUCCAAUGAUUUACUGAAGAAGGAAAAAGACCUAAAUGAGAGACUGAGACACUUGUACAGCUGAGAGAAGAACCAAGCACAUCUAUGAAUGGUUAUUGAGUUAUUGAGGGUGUCUGUUGAGCACAAAUAUGUUAUUGUUAGUAAAAUAAUGAAAAAAAAUCCAACCUCUCAACAGAUCAUAAUAUUUCAUGUGCUGAGAAUUGUGUUUAUUAUUAUUUAUUGAUAGUGGGAGGUGAUUGGGGACUUGUUUGUAUUGUUUCGUUUAUUAUUGAAUGUGUGUCAUGACGCGGCGGAAUCGGGUGCUCGUCAAUUUUGGGGCAUAUGGAGUUAUUUGCAUCAUCUUAAAGCUUGUUUAUUUGUCUUACUUUUAGUGAAAAAAAUACCUUCCAUCUUGAACAGAAGUCGAGAUAUUUGCUAUCGAAGGAGGUAGAAUUAGCAACAAAAUUUCCACCUAAUUUUGUUGACUUUCAAAGCUUGAGAGUGCUUGGAAACUGCAAAUUUACAUUUUUUGUGCCUCUAAUCAACCUCUAAUCAACGUUCAUUUUCAUAUAUGGACAUAAAAGGUAUUGAGCCCAAAAAUGAAAGUUAGAUAAAAUUGCCAAACUGGUGGAAAAAUUCCAGUUACUUCGAUUUCAUUUUUUGGACGAGCAUUUGAUUUCAUCACGAUACCUCUCAUGUAGAAGGUGAAGUGAAGAUGAAGUUUUUUCGUUUAGAACAUGAUGGAUGAAAAUACGUUAAGACUUCUAUCAAUGAGCUAUGGUGAAAAAAUGUUUUAUCUUGCGUUGAAGAAACCUUAUAUUUCAGACCCCAAAAGCAUCAAAACUAGCUAUUUCCUUUAUCUUAGCCUUCAUAAGAAUGAUAUUUUUGAGUAGGUGUCCUUUAGUCCUCACUGACAGACUUGUGAGGUAUUGCAUGUAUCAAUCAACUUGACUAUAUAUAAGGGAGGCAAGAUGUAUAGGUCUAUCAUGCUAUGGAAGACAAAAAUGAUCAGAUUCAAGCUAUCUUCCAGGGGUUUUAGUUUGAAGGAUCUUGUUGGGACUGUCAAAGAAUUUAAGGCUUUAUGGAUUGACAUUUACAUUUCAGUGGGUACUACAUUGCACUGGUGCAUUGAAUAUAGAGCAUGCUUGUCUUAGGGACAUGAGAAGCUGUUGGUGUAGGGUUGUUUUCAUGAGGAAUUUGAGUUCUGAGAUCCGGAUCCUCGGGUGUCACAUUAGAUUUUGGCAGUGAGAUGCUAAACAGCUGGAUAUUCUAUGUAUCCUACAGUUUCAGUGAAAUGAAAAUGAAAGAGCAGAAAGCAAUGUUUAUCUCUGAAGGAGGUAUUUCUGGCAAAGUACUUUAAAUUUAUACUGUUGAUUUGCUUUACAAGCUUAUUUUAUCUGUCUACAUGGAAACAUACGAUUCUGGUUAUUUUUUGCUAAUUUUUGUUCCAUGAAUACUUUUGAUAUGUAUCUGGACCCAAUGCCAUUAGACAUGUGAACCAGAGCCAAAGUAGUUGCUCUUCACCAGUGAGUUAGUUAUAUGCUAAGCUGUGAUCACUGGGAAGAGGGAUGGUAGGCUGUAAGGCAUACAUGGUUAAAAGCAGAAAUCCUUUCUAUUGAUUCUCAGAAUGACAGAAAUGACAUUCAAUCGGUUAGUACAUUCUCUGAGCAACAUUCUCUUUUUGAAAUAAUUAAGCCUUGAUUACUCAGCAACAUAGUGUUUUAUUUUAUGUCACAAGCAAAACAGUUCAAUCUGAUUCGUAUACUGAGUCUGGCUUAGGUCAUUGGUGAUUGAUAAUUACUGUUUUAUUUGAACAAUGCAAAUCACAUUCAGUAUCAAUAACUUCAACUCUUAAAAUUUGUCAUGGGGUCUGUUGUUGCUUUGGAGUAAACAAUUAGUCUAUAAAUAGUUCUAGAAGCUCUUGCAGCAAUAAUUUCAAAGAGUGUGGGUGUGUGUAUUUUAUGUAUGAUUGUAAAAUGAUUUGUAGUUCUUACGAGCUCUUCAGUACUUUUUUAUUUUCAUGUCAUCAUUGAUUGAGAUAAAUAAUAAUUUGAAUCGUACAUCGUUCUGCCAAAAACAUGUUUUGAAGAUGCAGUUGCUUUAUCUUUUACAGAAGAAUAAGGGAGUUUGCUGAAGUGUUGAUAGUUUUACAAGACUUUUUUUUAACGUUUGCUGUAUGUUCAUGUAUUUAAGCUGUGUUUUAUCUUAAACAGGAGUUGAAGUUUUGAACAAAGUAAUUCAGAGGUUCCGAUGUACUGGAAUGUCAGGCAAUGGUCGAAGAAGGCUCGUGGCAAUGUUUUAAAAUAUGACAUUCCUCUUUACAAAGUUUUUACAGUUAUACAGUAGAACACGGCUGUAGUGGGACAUUUGGUUCCAGAAGAAAAAUCCCGCUGUAGGUGAGUUCCCGCUAUAGGAAUGUAAAGGAGAAAUUACCGACAAAUUUCUUUAAAUCCACUUGAUUAACCCCCUUCCAUAUCGAUGAAAUUUGCGCUUUUGAUUAGUCUUUCUUUUCUUGUUAACUUCGUUGGUUAUCUCGGCCUUUAAUUUGAGUGAGAAGCGUUUCCUUUUCUCUUUGUUGGAAGCCAUCUUUUUCUCAGUCUCGUUGCCUGUGCUGUCUCUCUUACUGGUAGGCCAACUGUAGAGCUGGUGAAGUGGAUGCAUGCGUAUGCCUAUGAGAAUCAAUGAUCGCAAUUCAAUGAAUCAGGAAUCUCACACUACAUGCUCUCCUCUUCUAUUACUUUUUGGCCUAGCCUAGGCCUAGGGCUAUGGCCAAUACACUCUCAUACUGAGCGCCUAAUCUAUGGAACAUCACUUUUAGAGUUGCUCACGUAACUCGUCUCUCCGCACCAUCUUUCUCUGCCACUUGCCCCACCUCACUCAUCACUGGACUGGCCAAUCACAACGCCGUUGACUGCCUGUUCGGAGCCCGCCUACAGCCUUCCCAAUCCCCGUCCCCCCAGCCAGAGCUCGCUCGAUCUCUCCCGCUGUUUCCGAGUUUGGGCCUUUCCUUGCCCCACUAAACCUGAGCACAGGUAAUUGAGUUUACAUACCAAAAAAAAGGGGGGGAUUCCAGUAAGGUCCCAUUGUAGGGUGGGACCAUGUUCUACAGUAUUUGCUGUACUUUUUACCUCAUUUCUUCUUAUACAGGGCCGACUUACAGGCACUUGUCAAUGUAGAAGGAUAAAAUGAUAUGUAGGAAAUUAAUUGUUAGUAAUGUAGCUUUAUAUGUAUCCGUUUAGAUGUAUUAUAUUCAAGUUGUUCAUUACAUUUUUUUGUUCUUAGCUGCAAAGAUAUUUGAUUUUGUUUAAGUUAUGCUGGCAUAGUUGCAUUUGCUGUUUUCUUUGAAAUUCCUUAAAUUAUUGUAAUGUUUUAUGCCAGCUUCAACAUGAUUUAAAGGAUGGAAGUAUUGCUCCUGCCCCACUUUUCAGGGCUGCAUGGAAUCCAUGCAGAAAGGCAGAGACACUGACAAUACUUUUCCUUUAUGGAAAUAGAACUCAUGUCUUUUGUAUACAUGUUGAAUAAGACAAGAUACUGCUGAUUUAGUCCUGUGCAUUGCUUAAAAUUUACUUAAUUUAUUUUGUAUCCUUUUAUGUACUUACCUCAACCAGCAUUUUGUAGCAGGCAUCUGCUGAAUUAGGCACAGAAUAUGCCAUCAUCACAGGGUACAGAAUAUAGAUCAAUGAAGCACAAACACAUGUCUGCAAUGAGCGAGCAGUUCCGACUUUUUGACACAUUUGCCAAACUUAUCAGGUCUUUUGUAUUUCUUAGAAUUAAAGUAAAAAAGUGACAAGAUGAAGAUCUAUUAGGCUGUAACUCAAUUGCCUGUAGUGAUUGAACAGCGCCUACUACUUUUAUGUAAUAACUUGACGCAAUUGCCAAACUUUUAAGGUCCUUUGUAUUUUUUUGGACUUUCCCUGUAAUUGUAUGAAGAAUCAUUUUAUUGUCUUUUUGAUAGCUGAGCAUUUGGGUCCCUAUUGGGGCAUUGGCUGAGAGAACCUGUUUUAGAAAGAUUUUGUCUCAACCUAUGAGAACAAAAUUGUCUUAUAAGUGCUAUUACCAUUAUAUCGAGAAAAUAGUUUGAAAAUUUUGGCUUCCUAAAAUUUAAUUUGUUUGCUCUUUUGAAUUUUUCGACUUGCUUUUUAUGAUAGAUGUAUCAUUGAAGGCAAUUGUAGUCCGGUGUAGUAUGUACUUUAAACAUAAUUGUUUUAAAGUUAUUUCCUAGGUUUUAGUUUUAGCCAUUUUGGCUCUUGAGACAAUUUUGCUUUCUUAGGCAGAUCAAUUGUACGUGGUUUUCUUACGAGUUUCUACAGACCCUUUUAGUGGAUUUGAUUGCUCGGUGUCCUAUUACCAAAAGAAAUGGAAAUUUGUGUGACUGAUGAAAGAUAUGGUGAUAUAGAUAUAUACAUGUACAUGUUUCACUUUAUUCUUGAAGUUUUCCAGUGUCCAACAAUGGGGCAAAGUUGUGAAAAAAAGAUACUUUUAUGUUUACAUCUCUACUGCUGAUUUGCUCAUAUUCUUUAUUUAAGAUUUUCGCAAGAAGUCCCAAAUUACCAAAAUUUUAUCUGCCAUUAUUGCCAAAUAAGAGGUUUUGUUUUAUUUAUAUUCCGACUAUUUAUUUAUUGCAGACAAGAAUAUCCUGUAUGUUUAUAUAAUAGAGAGACAGAAAAAUGUCAUUGCCAAAAUAAAAGUAAUAUAUGCAUAGUGU